AUGAAUAUAAGUGAGGGAUCUUGUGUCUAUGACCUAGCUUUUAAACCGGAUGGAUCUCAAUUACUUGUCGCAGCAGGAACAAGAGUUUUAGUAUAUGACAGUACAGAAGGAACUUUGCUGCACUCUCUGAAAGGUCAUAAAGAUCUCGUCUAUGCUGUAGCUUUUUCUCAUGAUGGUGAAAAAUUCGCUUCCGGUUCUGCGGAUAAGUCCGUGAUAAUUUGGACAGAGGAGCAUGAAGGCACUCUCAAAUACACGUAA